GGCCGAGAGGCAGCCAGGAUGCCCGACCGGGACGGGCACGCCAACGGAAGCGGCAGCGGCGGCGAGGAGGCCGGGGCGGCGGGCGGGGGCGGGGCGGCCGCCGGGAGCCCGCCCGAUGCCAUCUGCCGGGACUUCCUGCGCAACGUGUGCAAGCGGGGCCGGCGCUGCCGCUACCGGCACCCGGCCAUGAGCGAGGUGAGCAACCUGGGCGUCAGCAAGAACGAGUUCAUCUUCUGCCACGACUUCCAGAACAAGGAGUGCGGCCGCCUCAACUGCCGCUUCAUCCACGGCUCCAAGGAGGACGAGGACGGCUACAAGAAGACGGGCCAGCUGCCCCCGCGGCUGCGGCAGAAGGUGGCGGCGGGCCUGGGGCUGUCGCCCGCGGACCUGCCCGACGGCAAGGAGGAGGUGCCCAUCUGCCGCGACUUCCUCAAGGGCGACUGCCAGCGCGGGGGCAAGUGCCGCUUCCGCCACCUGCAGCGGGACUACGAGGGCGAGGGCCCCGGGCGGGGCCCCGGGCGCGAGGCGGGCCUGCUGCUGGCCGCCGCCGCCGCCGCCGCCGCCGCCCCCCGCCGCUAUGACCCCUACGACCCCUACGAGCCCGAGCGGGGCGGCGGCGGCGGCGACGAGGCCGAGCCCGGGCCCAAGCGGCGCCGGGCCGGGGGCCCCCCGCUGCCCCCCGAGGCCCCGCUGGAGCUGGGCUUGAUGGUCCCGCGGGGCGGGGGCGUGGAGCUGCGCCUGCUGGAGGAGGAGAACGCCCUGCUGCGCAAGCGCGUGGAGGAACUGAAGAAGCAGGUGAGCAACCUGCUGGCCACCAACGAGGUGCUGCUGGAGCAGAACGCCCAGUUCCGCAACCAGGCCAAGGUGCUGACCCUGGGCACGGCCGCCCCGCCGGCCGACCAGCCGCUGGCCCCGCCCGCCGGCUCCGUGCCCAGCUACAGCCACGGUAUCGCCCAGACCCACACCACGCUCAGCACCCAGGCCCUGCCGCCGCGGCCCGGGGCCCAGCAGGAGCUGGUGGCCCCCGGGGCCGGGGCCCCCGCCGCCCCGCCCGCCCCCGCCGCCCCGCCCGCCGCCCCCCCGCCCCACCUCAACCCCGAGAUCGCCCCGCUGUCGGCCGCGCUGGCCCAGACCAUCGCCCAGGGCAUGGCGCCGCCCCCCGUGUCCAUGGCGCCCGUGGCCGUGUCGGUGGCCCCCGUGGCCGUGUCCAUGGCGCAGCCGCUGGCGGGCAUCACCAUGAGCCACGCCACCACGCCCAUGGUCACCUACCCCAUCGCCUCCCAGAGCAUGCGCAUCACCGCCAUGCCGCACUGACCGCCCGCCCCGCCCCCUCCUCCUCCUCCUCUCCCCCGUCCAGGCGCGGGCCAGGACGCUGCUGCUGGGCGGGAGGGGGCCGCGGGGAGGGGGCCCCCCUUUUCCAAAGAAAUAAAGACGAUUAUUUUUAACUAG